CUGACACGCAUUCCUCCAGAACCCCGUUCCAUCCGCAACCCAUUUUUGUAAAGUUGAAAAGGAGUGCUCGUGUCCAAGCCUGAAAAACCCGAGGCAAGCACCUAGGAAAACACGAUCGUAUAACGUCGUUUCCUCUUCUCGUUAAUUUACAAGAAACACAGGUCGUCCCUCUCAGACAUGGACGAAGAAGCAGCUAUGCGGGCAUUGGCCAUGCCCAAACGACCCAUCAAUUUUGUCCCAGCAGCGGCGGGAGAUAUCCUCCACAUCGGAUCCAUCGUCUGUCGCAUCAUGGAAGACGGAUCGAAUACAGACAAUCGGAUCGGCAGCGCCGAGUUCACCGUCCCACCCAAAACACCAGGACCGCCGCCACAUUGGCACGAAAUGCACGACGAGACUUUUCUUGUUACGUCCGGUACUAUUCGUUUCCAUGGGCCUGAGGGCAAGUCAAUUGAUGCAAAGGCCGGUGACUAUGUUGUGGUGCCAACGUGUGCACCGCACACAUUUGAGAAUGCGGGCGAUGAGGAGGCCAAGUUUUUCAAUACCUUCACGCCGGCGCAUUAUGUCAACUAUUUCAAGCUCUUGUCUACGAUGCUUGAAGCAAAGGGUGGACUGCCCAGGGAAGUGCACUUGGAGGCUAUGUCACGAUAUGCGACUCUACCGGCAAAGGAUAUGUAGGACAACGGCGGAAUAACCUAGGGUAUUCAUGAAAGAUUGGAUAGACUGCGAAACGCUCCGAUAAUGUCACAUUGCUUAAGUGGCUUACCUUGUUGAACCUUCUCCGUGCUAGAGUGAAAACGAAUCAACACUACCCCCUUUUCGGAAUUUACGUCUCUGUGUUGCUAUUCCGACCAGCUUGCCUCGUGCUCAGAAUAGGCGGCUGUGGACGAAAACUGCGCCGUUCAGCUAGUACAG